GUUAGUUAGUGGUGUCAUUGAAGGAACUUUUAAUGCUGGAUAUCUUCUUAAUGUUAAGGUAGCAAACACUGAUGCUGUUUUAAGAGGCCUAGUGUUUGUACCAGGUCACUUUUCACCUGUUUCUGUAGAAAACGACGUGGCUCCACAUGUCAAAAUGAUCAAAAGGAAAGAGAUUCAUAUUCCAGUUGUUAACCCACAUGCAGAGAUACAUGGCUCUUCUGUUCCCUCAUCGGUACAAUUCAACAAACAACCUUUUGAGCCAGAAUUACGGGUACCUGUGUCUGAAGAGCUAGUGCCACCAACUGAUAUUCAUUCUAGCAUCUCAGAAGUACCUGAGAAUCAAUCUGCCUCUACUUUGAUAGCCAUUUCAAUUUCCAGUGGAGGAAUUCCACAGGGGACAUCUGAACCUAGACAUGUGAAUCAGUCCACGUCUAUCAUGUCAGAGUUUGAUCAUGACAAAACGAUCAAACAAGAUGAAACACUUCAUGAACUUGAUGCCUACACACAGGUAAAAGAAUCUGAUAUGGAUGGUGGAGAAACAAAAGACUCAGAAGCGGCAUCUGAACUCAUCAACCUGGUUCCAUCAAUUGACAACACCAAUAAGGAGAUCGGAACUGGACAGCAGGUUGUUCCUUGUGUACAUCAUCUGAAUGAGGUGGUUCGUGGAGAACCAAAUAUAUCAAAUAUUGAAUUCAACCUGAUCCCUCUAUGUACUGAACCUGAAGUCUCGCCAUCUGAACAAACUAGUAAAAUUGUUAACUACUUCGAGGAGAAGCAGGAGUUGCCAAAAACUGAUGUGCUAGAAGAUACAAAGGCAGAGCUUGCAAUUGAGACUUUAAGUAAUGUUGACAGCUCAAAUUCUAGUGGAAGACCGAAUACUGAUGUCGAUAUUCCUGUUGUGGGAUCAAACCAUGCACUUGUGGCCAGCGAACCUGAAUCCAUGCCAUCUGAAGGGAUUGGUAAAUUUGUUCCUUCUGAGUCCAAAUUUUCAUAUGAAGGACAUGAUUUGUGGGGGAGGAGUGGUCCCCAGAACCAUAGCUCUUUUGGAGACAUUAAUACAGUGGAUUUCAAUCAACCUACUGAAGCUUUAGCUAAUCCAAUGGAAUAUGACAAACAGAUUGGAUCAGGCACUUGAAAAUUUUAGCUGGAAAAUA